CACGCCCAGCCCGUCUCCCCGUGCCACAGCCCCCAACCGCCAACCCACCACAAGCAGGCAGCUCCGUCGUGGAGGACGGCGAGGUGGUGAAGGACGGAGACCUCUUCAAGGGCAUGCGGAUCCUAGGCAAGAAGAGAACCAAAACAUGGCACAAAGGGAUGCUGAUUGCCAUUGUGACCACAGGCAGCGCCAAUAAGUACAAAGUGAAAUUCGACAACAAGGGCAAGAGCCUGCUGUCGGGGAACCACAUUGCCUACGACUACCACCCUGCCGCUGACCGCCUGAUGGUGGGGAGCAGAGUGGUCGCCAAGUACAAGGACGGCAACUCGGUGUGGCUGUACGCUGGCAUCGUGGCAGAAACCCCCAACAACAAGAACAAGACGCGGUUCCUUAUUUUCUUCGAUGACGGCUAUGCUUCCUAUGUCAACCUGUCAGAACUGUACCCCAUCUGCAGGCCGUUGGCCAAAACCUGGGAGGAUAUCGAGGACGUCUCCUGCAGGGAUUUUAUCGAGGAGUACAUCACCGCCUACCCCAACAGGCCCAUGGUGCUGCUCAAGAACGGCCAGCAGAUCAAGACCGAGUGGGAGGGCACCUGGUGGAAGUCUCGGGUAGAGGAGGUGGACGGUAGCCUGGUGAAGAUCCUCUUCCUGGACGACAAGCGUUGUGAGUGGAUUUACCGCGGUUCCACCCGCCUGGAGCCCAUGUUCAACCUGAAGAUGACCACGGCCUUCCGGCAGGGUGGCCAGAGUGGGCAGCAGCGGACCCGGCCUAACGUUGGUGCUGUUCGGACCAAGGGCCCCGUGGUACAAUACACACAGGACCUGACUGCGAACACAACUCACAGCCCUCAGCUCUCGCGUCCAUCCAACCAGCAACAGUCUCUGCCUCCAUCUCAUCGACCCCAGUCUCCCGGCGAUAAAACCGAUCCAGGAAGCUUGGCGCUUUCGAGGAAGCAGGUGGCAAAGAAAAGCACCGCGUUUCGGCCGUCAGCCCUUCCCGGCCGAGCAACAGACUCCGCCGCCCCUGCCCCAGAGACCCCGGCCGCGGGUGACGCCCCUUCAGCUGGCAAGCCGGCACCAGGGAGCCAGCAGUACAGGGUGGGGGCGGUGCCCUCCGGUGCCCUGGAAUCCGGCGCCGGCCCCCCCCAGCUGCCGUACGAGCUCCUGGACGAGCCGAUGCCGGUGGAGGCGCCAUACAAGGCGCCGAGCGAGAAGCUGUUCUACGUGGCGCAUGUGUGCCAGCCCAGCUGCCUGGCGCGGCCCCAGGCCGCGAGCCGCGGGCAGUACCGCGGCCGCAACCCCAUGCUGGUGCCCCUGCUGUACGACUUCCGCCGCAUGACCGCACGGCGCAAGAUCAACCGCAAGAUGUCCUUCCACGUGGUGUACAAGGGGCCAUGCGGGCUGUCGCUGCGCAACAUGGCGGAGGUGGAGCAGUAUCUGUCGGCCACCUGCGCUGACUUCCUCUACCUGGAGAUGUUCUGCUUCGACCCCUACGUGCUGGUCGACCGCAAGUUCCAGCCCCAGAAGCCCUUCUACUACAUCCGGGACAUCACCCACGGCAAGGAGGACGUGCCGCUCUCCUGCGUCAACGAGAUUGACUCCACGCCGCCGCCGCACGUGGCGUACAGCAAGGAGCGCAUCCCCGGCGAAGGGGUCUACAUCAACACCCACGCCGACUUCCUGGUGGGUUGCGACUGUACUGACGGGUGCAAGGACAGGUCGAAAUGUGCUUGUCUCCAACUGACCAUGCAGGCUACUGCCUGUAGCCCAGGCGGCCAGAUCAACUACAACGCAGGCUAUCAGAGCAAACGGCUGGACGAGUGUUUACCCACGGGGAUCUAUGAGUGUAACAAACGGUGCAAAUGCAACGUCGGAAUGUGCACCAACAGAUUGGUGCAGCACGGCCUACAGGUCAGGCUGCAGCUCUUCAAGACCCAGAACAAGGGCUGGGGCAUUCGCUGCCUGGAUGAUAUCGCCAAGGGCUCGUUUGUCUGUAUUUACGCAGGUAAGAUCCUUACCGACGACUUUGCGGAUAAAGAGGGCUUGGAGAUGGGCGACGAGUAUUUUGCCAAUCUGGACCACAUCGAGAGCGUGGAGAAGUACAAAGAGGGCUACGAGAGUGACGCCAAGUGUUCAUCGGAUAGCAGCGGCGUGGACCUGAAGGAGGAGCACGACCACAGUGGCACCGACGCCGAGGAUUCCAGCUCCGACAGCUCCGACCAGAACUUUGGCGGCAACGACGACGCCUACGUGCCCAGCUCAGUGUGGCGCAGCUACGUCACCCGCACCAAGAGCCGCGAGCAGAAGGAGAACGGCUCGGAGACCGGCCUGACCCGCCAGGAGGAGCCCGGCCCGCCCCCGGCCUCCGCCGCUCCCACUGCCCCCCCACCGACGCCUGCCCCCUGCAAGCUGCCCGUCACCGAGGAGACGGCCAAGAACAAGGUGGCCUCCUGGCUCAGCGCCAUGCGGGUGGCUGACUCCCCUGUGGACCCCGAGGCCGGGGGUGAGGCCAAGCCCCUCAAAGACGAGGCGGUGAAGGGCGAGGGGACGGCCCCCAAGCCAGACGAGGAGGAUGAGGAGGAGGAGGAGGAGGGGGGUCCCAAACCCGCCGACGCAGACUCCAAGCCAUGGGGCAAGCAAGAGGAGAAGAAAGACGCCAAGGCUGAGGUGGCGGACCUGAAGAAUCCUGAAGCACCACCUCACCUGAAAAUAUCUUCGCCGUUCGACAAUGCAUCCCGCAACUUUGGCUACAACCCACGGCCGGCCCGGACCGAGGGGAUUCGCCGACCUGUCAGUAAGACCACCCUGCUUCAGGCCCGUCGGAAUUCCACCCCAGCACCUUCUGCCAAAGAUGAGGUGAUGACGCUAUCAAGCAGCUCAGACACCGAGAUGGAGACGGGCACACAGACUAGCGGCAGCCGUAAACCCACACAGGGCCAGGCACCCGCUGCCGCUGUUGCCGCCAAUGACAGUGACGACGUUCAGACCAUUUCCUCGGGCUCCGACGAGGCAUACAGCGCAGACAAGAAAGACGAGAGCGAUCCAAAGGACACAGACAGCAUCAACAAGAGGCAGGUGGCAGUGAAGUCGACCCGGGGCUUUGCACUGAAAUCCACCCACGGCAUCGCCGUCAAGGCCAGCAACAUGGAGAAGGGCGAAGGCGGGAGCGGGCACAGGAGCACCAGGCAGUUCUACGAUGGUGAGGAGUCCUGCUACAUCAUUGAUGCCAAGCUGGAGGGCAACCUGGGCCGCUAUCUCAAUCACAGCUGUAGCCCGAACCUGUUUGUACAGAACGUCUUCGUGGACACACACGACCUGCGCUUCCCCUGGGUGGCCUUCUUCGCCAGCAAGUGA